AUGGCAGAGGUUGAAAACCCGCUACUAACCAACAAAGGAUACUAUUUACCAAGGGGGUAUAGUUGUGAUCAAGUGGUAUCCCCACCAAAUAAUAAUGGAUCUUUAGGAAAUAAUAUAAAUAUAAAUAAUAAUAGUAUGAAUAAUAGUAUCAGUAAUAACAUCAAUAGCAUGAACAAUAUGAAUAAUAGUUUUUAUAAUACAAAUAAUAGUCAAAAUAUAUGUAAUAAUAUUCAAAAUUUUUCAAAUCAAAACAAUAAUUUUUUAUUUCCACAGCAAAAUAUAAACAAUAAUAAUAUAUAUUCAAGUAAUGAUAGCAUCAUACAUUAUAACUAUAAUAAUAAUAAUAACAAUAAUAAUGGGGUAUCUUAUAGCAAUAAUAAAAAAAGAAGUAUAGAUUUAGUUAAUGAAAAUAGCAACAGUAAUAAUAUAUUACAAAAGAAAAUGUAUAUAGAAAAUCAAAUUAAGCCAUCAAACAGUUGUAGCAAUAGUAAAAACCUAUCAGAACAAAACAAAAAUAUCGAUUUUAUAAAUCAUUGUAGCACUAAUAAUAGUAACAAUAUUAAUAAUAGUUCUUUUACAUCACAAGACUCUAAAGAAAUUUCAUAUUGUGAAGAGCCAUAUUUUUCAUCAUCAAACUCUUCUCCAUACGUUUUUUUUAAUUCCAGGGUUCAAAAAACUGUAACAAACCAACAGGUAGAUGAAAUUUCACUUUUAACUACUCCUUGUGGAAGUAGUAAUAGCACUUCACCAUCCUCAAUUAGAAAACCUACUUUACAACAACAACAACAACAACAACAACAACAACAACAACAACAAGUACAGCAACCAACCCAACAAAACCAACAACAAGUACAGCAAAUUAAUCAAAAGCAACAUCUAAUGCAACAAAGAAUUUUAUCUAGCCAACAACCUCAAUCUCAACAACAACCACUACAGCAAACACAGCAACAAUCUCUAAAUAAGUUAAAUAAUUAUAAUAUGAAUAAUAAUAUAAACAAUAGUAUGAAUUAUAGUAUGAACAAUAUGAAUAAUCAUUUAAAUAAUAAUAAUAAUAAUAAUAAUAAUAAUAAUAAUAAUAAUAAUAAUAAUAAUAAUAAUAAUAAUAAUAAUAAUAUGAAUUCAAUACAAAAAGGAAAAACUAUUCAACAGUCUAAUCAACAACAGCAAAAAAAAGUAAGCUCACCUCAAAUUUGUAAGAAUUCAAAACCAUCAAAUUCUUCAAACUUAACAGCAACAGGGAAUAUAGCAAACCCAACGAACACUGCCAUAACAAAUUUAAAACCAAGCAAUAUUGCACAAAACCAAUUUAUAUUGAUCAGCGAUAAUCUCAAUUUCUUUAAAACAAUUACCAAAGAUUUUGCAAACCAGUCCUCUGUUUUCCCUUUUGUACAUUAUAAAUCUGUUGCUUGUCCAACUUUUUCUAAAACCAGGCUACAUUACUCACUAUCACCAUUUUUACCCAUUGAAAAAGAAGUUAUUGCCAUUAUCAAUCAUAAUAACAAUAUAAAUAAUAACAUUAACGGAAUCAAUAAUAAUCAUAAUAUUGGAAAUAACUUUAUAGAUAUCAACUAUAACAAUCAAAACAAUGUUAAAAUAAAUGGCAAUAUUAGUCUGAAUAGUUUAAUAAUACAACAACAACUACAACAACCCAUGAACCCACAAAACAAUAUUAUAAACAAUAAUAUUAACAAUAACAAUAACAAUAAUAAUAAUAAUAAUAAUAAAAAAAAAAAGAGAUCCCAAGGCUAUUGCGAGUGUUGUAAUUCAGAGUUUGAAGUUUUAAAGUCUCAUCUAGAAAGUAAAGAACAUAGAGGAUUUGCUGAAAAAGAUAAAAACUAUAUAAAGAUAGAUCAAGUUAUUCAAAGUAUUUCGAAUGACUCUUUUUUUUCGAUUGAUAAAAUGUGGUGUUAA